GCUGGACCAGUUGGAAAAAUCGCAUAGUCAGUUUGUUUUGAAAUUUGCCGCGAGACGUUUGGUAAGCGCGGAUAAAAAGCAAUUAAAGUGACCGAGGCAAAUGUUCUGCUAUCGCAUUGCCAAAUAAUUCCAUUGAUUGAUCAGCGUCGCGAGUUGUGCAUAAUUGCUUAAAGGCAAAACAUUUAACUGUUUUGUUGUUGUUAAUGAAAUAAAAUUAUAUAAAUACAAAUAUUUAUAAGUGUAUCAACAACUGUUGUACUGUGUACAAAGUAAGAAGAGGAAAAUAAAUAGAAUUGUGAAUUUGUGUAUUUAUUUGUGUGCAGCAGCAUUAGCAAUCGCGCCAACAAAGCGGGUUUCAAUUCGAAAUACAUACACACAUGCCAACAUAUGCAGCAUUACCAAAAUGCUGGUUACUUAAGCCGCUGAAAUGAGCAAAAAACAAAAGAAAAACUUCAAGUGGACAAUCAACAACUUAAAUAAAAAGAUUCUCUUCAUAAAGCUUAAAUAUCUGCGAAAUGAACCAUUCCACAACCAAGCUUCACAUCGUGACAGUAGAACUGUGAGAGCUGGCGUCCCAUAACGCACUCGCACUGCUUUAGAAUGAAAUGGGUGUGCAACAAAUUUUUGGUCAUGGACCAAGAAGAACACUACAAACAACUACAGCAACAAAUGCGACUAUCACACAGCCAUAUCGCUGUGGACUUGCAAAUGCGCCACGGACGCAACUCUGGGAAGCCGACAUCUGGUGUCAACCGCAAACAAAUCUCAACGUCAACGUCAACGGCAGCAAAGUGGGCGAUAGUAGCGUCGGCACAACAGCGUAUGCAUUUACAACCAAUACAACAGAUGCGACCGCAAGUGAAGCUAGCAACACAGAGCCAACAACAACAGCAGCGGCAUCAACGCUCCAUCAGUCAUACCGCUGCAUGUUGGAGCAGUUCGAUGCGGCAGUGCGGCGAGCGCGCUAUAAAUGUCAACCAAUCACGAACUACGCUGCAACAGGAGCCACUGAGGUGGCGGAGAAUGACCUUGGUGAAGGAUUUGCGGCGACAAUGGCAGAGGAGUUGGAGACUGGCAGUGUCAUCAGUGCGGACGAUGCCAAUUGCGUAAUAAAUACUGAAGUGCUGGUGCAACAGCUGCGGCAACCGGUGGUCAAUUUUAAUUUGGCACUAGCGCAGCAACAACCAUUACAGGGUGAUCAUAUUAGUCAUUUAGUUGAUAGUAUUAAUAUUAGUGACACAGCAAAUGCACAAUGCAAAGCAGUACAAAGGCAAUUGCUAUACUGUGAUGAGUCUGCGGCGGCGAAUGGCAUAUUGGAUGAUGGCAUACGAUUAGCGCACACAGAUGCCGCCAUGGCGUCCACCACAGACAAUGCAAAUUUCGUGGCGAAUAGUGGCAAUAGUAAUGCUUCCAUAGUAGAUGAUUUCAUUUGUUACCUGCGCAUACAAUACGAGGACCUAACUGCACGGCUCGUGCCGUCACCCGCCAACCCAACAACGCAAGCCACAGCUGCACUAGAUGGUCUGCUGCAACAUAAUUUGACUGAUAGCAUAAAUGCCAGCGCUGAAAUCGGUGAAAAUCCACUGAGUAACGCUUGGCAGCAUUUCCUUAACAGCAGUCGCAGUAAAUGGAAUGCCGGCGAUUUGUUGCCACAACUCGGCGCUCAGUUGGUCAAUUCAACAGCUGUGCAAGCUAACUACAGUUGGCUGGCGGGCGCUUAUGAUGAUGCGCUCUGGUCGUGGAAUGUCUUUGAUGAGCUGAGCAAUGACAACGAAUCCGUGCCGGUUAGUGUUAGCAGCAGCAGCAGCGACGGUGGUGGCAGCAGUUCACUAGCAACGCUGUGGGGACCCCGUAAUCUCAGCAACGACUAUGCGUUGAGUAAUAAGCUAACGCGGCAACAUGAUUACGAGUGGAUAUUCCUUUGUGUCAUAUUCUUCAUAUUUGCGGGUGGUCUCGGCAAUAUACUAGUCUGUUUGGCUGUGGCACGCGAUAAAAAAUUGCAAAACGUCACCAACUACUUUCUCUUCUCGCUGGCGAUAGCCGAUUUGCUGGUCAGUCUGUUUGUGAUGCCGCUGGGUGCGAUACCAGCCUUUUUGGGUUACUGGCCGCUUGGCUUCGUUUGGUGUAACAUUUACGUGACGUGCGAUGUGCUGGCUUGCUCUUCGAGUAUCCUGCACAUGUGUUUUAUCAGUCUGGGACGAUAUUUGGGCAUACGAAAUCCGCUGGGAUCCCGGCAUCGUUCGACGAAGCGCUUGGCUGGCAUUAAGAUUGCCAUUGUGUGGGUUAUGGCAAUGAUGGUCUCGAGCUCAAUAACAGUUUUGGGUCUCGUCAAUAAGCACAAUAUCAUGCCGGCACCGAAUAUUUGUGUCAUAAAUAAUCGUGCAUUCUUCGUGUUCGGCUCGCUGGUGGCGUUCUACAUUCCUAUGCUGAUAAUGCUCACUUCCUAUGCUCUGACAAUACCAUUGCUGCGUAAGAAAGCUCGCUUUGCGGCCGAACAUCCAGAAAGUGAACUCUUUCGACGCUUGGGUGGCCGUUUCACCAUACGACCGCAGCACAGCCAGCAGCAGUUGCAACUGCCCAACAACAGCUUCCGCCGAAGCAAUAAUAGUCACACCAGCUACAGCAAAUAUUGUGGCAGCGAUAGCAAUCGCAAUUUCAGCGCCAACAACGAUGGAGACAUUAGCGCCACGGGCAACGGUGAUUGCGACCAGCAACAAACGCACGGCUUGCGACACGCCAACACAGCAAACUAUUCGAAUGGUUGUGGCAAAGCGGACGGUGGUGGCAACAACUUUGGCGGUGCGCUCUUCAAAUGCCGCACCAGCUUUCGGCGCAGCGGCAUGCGUCAUACUGCAUCGGCAUCGGUGCGCAUUAAGUCGCCAACACGCGACAUGGAUCGGUUGACGCAAUCGCAAUCGGCACAACACAGUAGCUACUGGCGCACACACGGCAAUCCGAACAUAAUGGACAGCCAUCCCAAUCGACAUGCAUCGGUGCGUGUGAGCGCCUCGCAACCGCAAUUGGGUUAUUCUACAAACUGUGGCACGGCGGGAGGCGCGCUGAUCGGCAGCGCUGGCGGAAACGACAGUGCCCUGCGAAAGGAUGUCAUUAGCAGCAUUAGCGGCAAUACGGCCAACAAUAAUGGCAGUAACAGUGCGUUACUAUCGAAACAGUACGGCGGCACUUGUGAGCAGAGCACACAGACACCCGAGUCCAUAAUGCGUGAAACACGACGCCACAAGCUGAAAACAUUUAAAUUCUCACUGAAUAAUGUUACUGCGCCAGCGUUGAAUUUGCGCUUCCUGAACAACCGCAGCAAACGCAAUAGCUUAUCCGCCAAUGCAGUGGCCACCGAACAGAAAGCUACCAAAGUACUCGGCCUGGUCUUUUUCACCUUUGUCCUUUGUUGGUCACCGUUUUUCAUUUUGAACAUCAUUUUCGCCGCUUGCCCCGCAUGUCAAGUGCCCGAACAUGUUGUGGACACAUGCCUCUGGCUCGGUUAUGUUUCAUCCACAAUUAAUCCCAUUAUUUAUACAAUUUUCAAUCGAACAUUUCGUGCGGCUUUCAUACGGCUACUAAAGUGCAAUUGCGAGCGCUCCGGUCGGCCAUCACGUUAUCGCUCCGUCACCGAAGGACGUGGCGCUUUAAGCCUGUGCGCUCCAUCCGCCCUACCGUUGGCCAUUUCAUUUCAAGGUGCACCUUUGAUGACACCAUCAACCACGAAUGCGACACCGUUAAGCGAUUUUCGUGGCAGCUAUACGAUCACAGAUGAUGAGUGUUAAAAUUGAGUUGCACUAACUAGACCGUCGUGGGGGCUGACUGCAAACUGAGCGACAACAUGGCAAUUAUUGUUUCGACUGAAAAUGACAACAUAAAUAUGCGAGUCGACGCCAUUCUGGAGGCGAAACAACGGCGAAAUGACGAAAUGAAAACCAAAACGUAACUAUUGUACCUAUACAUACAUACAUACAUAUUAGAGCUCUUGGUAUUCGACUAAACGACUAACCGGAUUAACCGGAUAGUACAUUAUUCGAAUUAUAUUAUAAUAUGCGGCUUGCAGUAUCCGGAUAGCCGUAAGUCGUCAACUAUCCGUUUAACCGCUCAUUUUCAACUAUCUGGCCAUCGUUCGUUGUCGAUUAUUCGAAUUGUAAGCAAUCAACUUCUAUAAAUUUUUAACAAAUAUGUAUAUGAUAAGCAAAAAUCAAAGGCUGCUUGGAGUUCAAAAAAUUUCCAAUUUUCCAAAUACUUGCAGCAGUGCUGCUAUUCGGAUAGUAAUAAUCGAUUAAUAUUCAUACAAACGGUUACCAACCGGAUAUUCGAAAAAUCGGUUUUCAUGUUAUUCGAAUAAUUUUAAGAACACAAGCACAUAUUUAUACAUAUAAAUACGAGUCGUGCGAGUGUUUAGUGUGAGGUGAGCGGUGUGUUCGAGCUUGCAAAUACAUUAAGUACGAAUGAUGGUAUGUGCUCACUUACAGGCGUCUAUGGUAUAUUCAGGUGUGGUUGCUAUAUGGUAGUCCAUAUAAAUGCACACACAAAUACAUACACACAACUGGCAAAAGUUUAUUAUAACUUUGCCCAUACAGUACCAGCGAGCAGCAGUAGACAAUUGAAAAAGUUGGUCAACUCGUGAGGAAAUAUUAAGCAAAGGAUAUGGCGAACUUCUGCAACAAAUAGAUUCGUGUUCCGAAAACAUUUAUUUUAGCUUAUUUUGCUCCGAAAAUACGUUCGUUUCGCUUGCAAAGCAGGCAGUAGGACUAGCGGUAGAUAGUAAAGGCGAAAGCUCCGUAAUUUUCACAUAAUAUUAGCUAAAAAAAAGAGAAAUAAGAUAGUUUUAUCAUUUACCUGCAGGCAGUGCUGUUUAGGGUUAGUUUUAGAUAUCGAGGCAAAUAUUUUAAAGAUUUAAUUUGCCCUACUUCGUUACCAUAUACUUUAAAGUAAUUUUCCAUUUAGCCUUGCAUAAACUCUUCACAUUUACAUGUACAUAUGUAUACUCGUAUAACUCAAUCAGCAGUUAACAGCUGUAAUUGUUUCGUUUUUACUGUUAUUCUAAUUAGCGAAAUCGCAACAAACUGCAGCUGUUUAUGAAGUGAAAGCACGCUAAUGAGUUUUGUUGAUUGGUCCACACAUUGUAAAUUUGUUAAAACGUAUAGUUUUAUGGAAACCUUAGCUGGAAAAAAUAAUAACCAUCACUAAAUUAGUCAACUGUAUUUCAUAAUGUUACAAUUGAAAACAAUUAAAAAAAUUUAAUGAGCAAUAAAUGUAAAUUAAAUUUUGAAUUAACAUAUGCUUAAUUGUGUAAUUAACACUAAAAUUGACAAAAUAUAUUAAAAUACAGUUGAACUUCACUAAUCCACAAAAAACUUCGAGUAUAGAGACUUCCAGUUAUAGACGUUUUCAUUAAAACAAAAAAUUUUUCAAUUUUUCAACGAGCUAUAGUAUACUCGUAGAUCAAUAUCCAGUUUUAUUUAAUGGUUCCAAUGGUUUCUGCAGUCCUUGAAACACCUUUCCUAAGCACUUUUUGGGAUGGCCUUCAGUUCCCUCAGCGCAUUUUGUUUAAUCUCUUCGAUCGGCUAAAAACGGAUUCCACGGAACGGCAAUUUCAGACUCAUGAACAAGAAAAAAUCACACGAAGCCAAAAAUGGUGAUUACGGUGGUUGAUCGAUAGUAGCCAUUGCGUUUUCGGCUUUAAAUUCGUUUACAAACAAUUAAAUCUUGAAAAACUUUAUCCGGACGAGUCAACCAAACCCGCGUUUCAUACCCAACAUAAUCACCAAAAUCAUUCUAACAGACUCACGACAGAUGUCUAGCUCUCUUGUAUGUAAACUCUUUAACACUUACCCGAUGAUUUUUGAACACCACAUUCUUCACUUUUUUAAUAUUGUCAUCAGUUGAGAACGAAGGUCUUGUAGAACGAGGCAUGCCUUAAACAAUAUCUCGACCGUCUUUGAAGGCUUUGCUUCACUCGUAGAAUUGUGUUUUUGAUAAAACUGAAUCCGCGUAAGCCUUUUCCAACAUUCGCAAUGAUUCCAUAUACGAAAUUUGGUAAGAAAUACAAAAUUUGAGACAAAUUCUUUUUUCAAUAUUUUUAUCCUUGUAAAAAAUCGUACUACUGUGGUUUACCGACUUAAGCAGCUCCUGUAAGCAAACUGGUGACAGAUCGCGCUCAUAUUCGGCACAGUAACUAAGAACAGUCCUAUCAACUUACAAAAUACAUUUUCUUGUAAUAUCAUUUACUCGUGGAGUUUAAUUACAAUUUCCGGUUGCUUUUUUGGGUCAAUUUAUAUGAAAACUCUUGAGAAGAAUUGAAUCUAAAAAUUUCUAAAUUAGAGUCUUAAAGACCGGAUCAUAUCAUAUUUAUUUGAUUGAUUUAAUUAACAAAAUUGCCAUUGUAACGCAUAACGGCUUUUUCGCACAGCCAAAUUUAUUUAGUAUAUUAAAGUUAUAGUUGCCGGUUCACAUAGCCGGUUCACAUAGGCGGCAACUCGAUUAACGAACAGCUGUUAUAUUAUACUUGCUUGUGUUUUGUAAAUCGUAAUUAGCGCUUUAAUCGAACAGAGGCCGGUCAAUUGAUCAAUUUACUUUUACAACUUUUCUAUAUUAAUUUAAGUGUUUAUUAUUUACAAUUAAUGUUUAAACUUUUGUGUAGCAAAUGGAGAAAUAUAUGAAGAGGUUUUUACGGAGAAUAAAAUAGUCUUUCUGCAUCGACUUUACUUUGGAAUUAAUUGCGCGUUAAUAGAGUCAAUUGCGAUAAUGUACAUGUAAUUAUAUUUUUAACUAAAUUAAAAGUUCCUUUCUUAGCAAAAUUCUCCACAACAUUUUAUUUGCAGAGACUCUUUUCUGCUUAAUCAUAAUUGCUAAAUGAGGUAUACGUUAGAAACUGAUACAAUAUUUUAUGGCAAAAAUAUUCCCUGCCCAGUUUUCGUAAAUAAUACUCCUCCUCAAUUAGCAUCCGCUCCUUACUACGAAAUUUUUGAUAAAUUUAUUGCUUUAUUAUUUAUUAUAAAUUGAUUUAAGACGACAAAUCUCGUAUUAGAAUUCAAAUAAUAGCGUUGAAUCAAUUAACUACUCUUGCUCUCAUAUACGUAUAAGCUCUCAGGCUCGGUAAUUAACUGCAGUUUAAGUAUUUCAUUUGUUUAAGCCAUUUUAAUGCCAAUAAUAGCAUCAUGACUGUUACUAUUUUUGCAAAGCACUAUAAAUACAGACAUGCCACAUAUUUGAUUAAAUUAGCGUCAGAAAGCUUAAUAGCUGCAUUCACACUACUUAAUUGACGUUGAAUGAAUUAUGUUUUCACUAGUUGAAAAAGAAAAACAAUCUAAAUGGCAAUAUGUACAUGCUGGCAUUUCGAAAGGCGCAUGCAUUGCAUAACAAAAGUGUGCAUGAUUUGUAAUCGAAACAAUUAACAAGCGAGCACAUUAAGAGCAAUAAAUUUACUAAUGGCUCGGCCAGAAUACUAAUUACGGAAAAGCAAUGCGGGAAUCUAUAGCGAAUAUAUGGAACAACAUUCCAUAGAUUGCUUGUAGGAGCUUAUUAUUUAUACUGCUCUUGAGUGAUACUCAGAGUUGCCGAGCUAAACGAGUUCAAAGAGCGUGCUACUCAUUUUGUUUUUUCUUUAAUCAAACAAAAAAUUUAUUUAAAGCAUUUUUAUAGCGAAAAUAUCUAUAAUAAAAUGAAAAAUUAAGCGUGUCGAAAAGCUUUCUUUGUGAAAGAUGAGCGUUCUGCGAAUGGAAAAUUUAAUCCCUAUCUAGGUAUCUAAGCCAAUUAGUUUUCUCAAACAAAAUUUCCGAAAUUUGUUGAAAACUUAUUGAAUUCUUAUGAUUUUAUAGAUUUGUACGAUUCGUAUAAUUGGUCAUUUUAAUAAUUUUUUUGUGAAAAAACAUGAAAAACGUAAGAUAUUGGUUGGCAUACUUAUACUUUUAUAAAACCAAUCUUGCAAGAUCCCCUAGUAUCUAGAAAACGAUUUUAUCCGAAGAAGCACUGUCUGUUCUCAAAAUAAGUAGUAUGAGUAUCUACAAAUAUAAAAGUAAGCAAGUUAUAUUAUUAAGAAGAUUUGCUUUACGUAUUUAAGGGCAAACACUCAAAGACGUGAUGCUGAGUAAGCCGUCGUUUAAUCCAGUUAAAUAGAACUUAAAUCUACAAUCGUAUCUGAAAUGCUGUAGCGUACUGGCAUAUCUCCAUGUAGAUCAUUGUAUCGGACAAUAGCAAAAGAUUGUGAUUUCAUUUAGUCAUUUCUAGGGUGUAAGAUUUCUGGUACAAAUAAGUAAAUUAGGAAUCUUUUGUGUUACUGUAAUAAGUUAACUGCAGAUUGAAUGUAGAAAAUCUGAUUGUGAGUUCGUGAGUAGUUUACUUAAAGGAGUUUUAGUGGCCUGUUGCCUGUUUAUAUGCCAAUGGUGAAAAGAAAAGAUCAUAUUAAAUCUAACCGAAAUUGGCAACCGCUCUCAAUGAAACGGCGAAUCCCUACCAAUAUAUUUCUCGAAAACUAAUUUGUAAAUUAGGUAAACUUCAUUGAUUUCAAUACAAACACAAUUUCAAACUGUUGGAUCACUACCAAUUUCAUUAAGAAUCACACAACUAGUUGCUAACGGAAUCAUAAAGCAAAGGAAGCCAUUAAAACAAUUUUCGCUGUAACUUACUGGUAAUUACAAAUACAAUGCAACAAGAGAUGAAACCUCAACUGUCCCACAACCAGGUAGGCCAGCAAAUUCUUUAGCAGCAACAAUCAGCAUCUGAGCGGAGAAAUCGAAAAUAUCAGAGUGGGAAAUAGGCGUCAAUGAAUCAAAGCGAAUAGGAAAAUAACAGCAGUAGAAGUUUUAGUAAUAUUCUGUGUAUAACUGAGAGUUUAAUUAAUUAGUGAGAUUUGUAGCUAACCAACAGCAGAAGAACGGCGGAGUUAGUUUUAGCCUAGUGGGAACUUUGAGUUGCUAAAGUAUGGCAAUUUCCUGAAUUUUCUAAGCAAACUGUUAUUUGUAUAUCUAUAUGUGUAUAUGUGCAGUGUGUAUGCAUAUAUAUAUAUGUGUGUGUGUGUGUGCUUGUCUAAUUAUUAAUAUUUUAUGUGAGCAUGUAAGUCAGUCUACGCAAAAUUACAGCUUUCUAAGGAAGAAGGUAAAAACAAAAACGUAAACAGUCAAUAUUCUCCAACAAAAAAGUCUACGCAGAGAAACGCUUCAAGAUUUACUAAUUAAGAGCUAAGAAUAUCAACAAAAUAUUGUAAAUGUAUUCAUAUUUCUACUACACAUACAAAUGUGUACUUAUGUAUGUAAGUGAAAAUCAAAAUUUGUUAUGAGUAAAUGUACCUAUCGACUUACUAUAAAUACAUUUAUUACAUUUGUAAGUGAAUAUGCUACGAGCAUGAGUAAAUUGAGCAUAAAAAUAAUAUUAAAAUAAAUAGUUUAGUGAAUGAAGGUGUCCAAAAAAUACUGUUGUAGCUGUAAACUAUGUUAAUUCAUCUAGCAUAAAUAUAUACAUAUAGUUGUAUUUAUGUGAGAAAAGAUUUUGUUGUAAUUUGUUAAGCUAAAUACCCUUACUGACUUAUGCAAUAUUUGACACUAACAAGACUUCGGUUUUAAUAAAAUGUUUUACCUGCGAUUUUAAAGUUAAUUUCUGACCUUAUGAACAUACAUGUAAGUAUGUGUCUGUGGUCACAAAGCAGAACCGCUUAAGUCGAGUUAAGACUUUAUUAUUCUUAAUAAGAAAAAUUUCUUAUGAUCAAAUAAUAAAUUACAAAUAAUUAGAAUGAUCAAAAAAACAACAUUUAAUUUGAUAAUUUUAUACAAAAUUGCGAAAAAGCGUGUUAUGCUGUUAUGCUUUGUAAUGAUAGAAAUAUAUAAUUGUUAUUUAAUUAACUACAAUUAUGAACAUAAAUAUACAAUAUGACAAAUUUU